AUGGCUGCCCAGAGGAGUCUUCUUUCGUUGGUUGUUUUGCUUUUGGUUAUAAACUGGCCACAUGUGGAGAGCAAAACCUUGGACAAAGAGGUCUCAGGUGUCAACGAUGGAGUCGCAUUGAGAGAGAAGAGAUUCGCAGUGGAUCCUCUGAGCGCAAUCGGCCUUGCUGUGAGUGUAGCCUCAGCCAUUCAAAGCGCUGUUUGUACGUUUUCAAGUGUCUGCGGUGGUGAUGAAGUCACUCAAGCGCUCGAAAGGAUGGAGGAAAAGCUGGAUGCCAUACAGAAUGACGUCACAAGCAUCAGGCAUGAUGUGGAAGAAAUUUGGAAUGAAUCAAAACGCAAAUGGUACUUUAAACACAUAGAUAACAUCAUCCAACAGAGGAAGGCGGUUAUCGCCGACUUAAAGAAUAAAGACUACACACAGCGGGCUAAAGACAAGCAAACCCGAUUUAUCCAUGAGGUGUUUGGUACCACAUCAAAAGACGAGUACGUUGAAAAGGCACUUCUCCACAUUCCAAAACUAGUCACAGAUGAGGGACUGAUCACUCAUCACUUCGACGUCCAGAUCAGAGAUGGAAAAUCUGUUAAAGAAGCUGCGAAACUGACAUGGGCAUUCAUAAGGAAAAUCUUUCGAUACCAAGAAGAUGGCUAUGCCUCUAUUGUCUUUGCAGCCUCCAUGAAGUAUAAAGAUGAUGAAGCAUCUUACAACAGCACGAUGUCUGAGGUCUGCGCUUGGUGGCCAAAGUCCACAGACCCCGAAUACAAGAAGUUCUGUAAAAAGUUUGUGAAAGAUACGACCGCCGAGAACCGAAGAAAGAGUCAGGAGGACUUCCUCUACGUUAUAAGAGAUCUGGCUCUUAUUCCAGUUCAACUUGUGCAAACGGACUGCAGCAAGUUCGCGGAUUCCAAUGCGGUGCACUACUCCGAAGGUCAUCUUUAUGUUUCACAACCUGAAGUCAAAAAGAUCUUGAUCGUGGACCCAAAGACACUGGAGGUCGUCAAGGCCCUUUCGGUACCAGGAUCUGAAUGUGGUGGAAAUUGCCAUCCAAUUGGAGUAAGCAUUAAGGCAAAGGACAACUUGAUGGCGAUUGGUGCAAAGAGCAGUUUGCCUUCGGGUGAAAGCAAAGUCAUGCUGUUCAAGAUAAAGGGCGACCUCACAAAACCAAGUGGCAUCAGCAUCGAGCACUACUAUACAAUGCUUCAACUCUUUCCUGUUAAUAGAAAGGACGCCGAUGUAAGAGACGUUGCAUUUUGUGGAAAUCGCUUUGGAUAUGCUGAUUACAAUGGAGUCAUAUACAACUGGAGAAUGCCUGACGAAUUGUACUAUGGCUGGAAUGAUGGUAAGCCGGUGCCCGACUUGUAUGACCGCAACGAUUGGUCACUCAGAAACCAAUAUAACGUCAAAAAAGACCAUCAAUACUACCUUGGAUGUUCAAAUAGCGGUAGAGACUGGCUGGUGGAAAAAACAAACCGGGCUACAAAAGGAGAUGGAGUAGGUGCAGUACCGUCGGAUUUCAGUGGGUCCGUAAGCAAUAUCUUGGAAGAAGGGGCGGAAAACGUGGUUCUGUAUGAAAAUUGGCAUGAUGUUGGAGAUGGGCGCUCACGGAUGAAUAAUUUGAAGGGAUUAGCCAUGGAUAGCAAGAGAAACUUUUUCUAUUCCUCUGGAAGGCAUUGGGCAAAUGGUGUCUGUGGAGUGUACCAACGCACCUACGAUGGCAAACGCCGCUACAUAAGAGAAUGGAAUAAAGAGAGCAAGAUCGAAAUGUUUGGCAUGGCAGUAGAUGAAAGCGGCUUCCUGUUCUCAAUACAGAAACAUGGCUCAAAGGGAAAAUGUCUUUACAAGUUUCACCAUGAGAUCGACCUGGAGGAUAUCAACGUACCCUAG